GUCUCCUCUCCUGUCUGGUGGCUCCAUUGGUCUCACUUCCUGGAGGGAAUCAGGCCAUGGCUUGGAUCCUGCUUCUGCUGCUGUCAGCUGAAUGUCUGCAAGUUCGUAACUCAGCAAGAUCCAACAAAGUAAAUGCCUUUGGAUUCAAACAACCAGCAAACCUCUCUGGUGUACAGGGCGGCUCCAUCGAGAUCCACUUCUCUUUCUACUUCUCCUGGGAGUUGGCAGAGGAUCCACAGAUGAGGAUUCUCUGGAGAUGGAAGCACUUCCAUGGGGAAUAUAUCUACAACUCCAACCCACCUAUCACACAUAAGCAUUUCAAGAACUGGCUAAUCCUGAAUGGGACACAGCCUCAGACAUCUGGAGUCCUCAGAAUCCUGGACUUGAAGAAGGAGGAUCAGACAGUGUACUUCUGCCGAGUUCAUCUGAACACAAAAAAAGGCAUGGAGGAGUUUCAGUCGAUUCAUGGAACCCAACUCACCAUCACUCCUGGUGAGCACAUCCCAGCCCCCAAGACCACCUCUGCAAGCCCCACCACUGCAACUUCUGCACUCACCAGAACUGCCCUCACAGCCACAGAAGGGAAGAUGAACAGGAAGAAAGAGAGCCUGGGUCUGGGAACCACAGUUGGGUUGACAGUGGCUGCUGCUGUACUCCUGGCUGGGGUUUUGGGAUUGAUGGUGUUCCUCAGGUGGAGGAGAAGGAAAGGACAGAGGGACCAAAGCCGAAACCCCCAGCCAGGGACCUCAUUGAAAACACUGAGGAUGUUGAACCUGAAGGACAAUAUGUGGACCCAACGAGAUCCCCACG